UUAAGGGGUGAGCGAUGCUGGGUAAGAUGGCAGCCUCCGUGGCGGAGCAUGGAGAAGAUGCGUUUAGGACGGUGUUCAGGUUUUAUAAGCGGAGAAAUCCUCCUCCUGAUUUCAGCCAGGUCAUCGAUUUCUCCAAAACGGUAGAAAAUGAGCGGGUUUUUGCUACUGAGCUGGACCAUGGCAGUCUCAGUGAGGAAGAUGCUUGCAGAGCAGGACUUCGGCCUGUUAAAGACUGGAGAGCCUUCAGCCUUCAGGGGUAUCCAGGCUUCAUAUUCAUCUCCAAUCCCUUCCUCCUGGGCUCACAGCAAUACUGGGUAAAGCAGUGCCUGAAAACCUACCCGCAAAAACCCAACGUGUGUAACCUGGACAUGCACAUGUCGCCUACUGAGACUGAGAACAUCUGGGAGAAGAGUAUAGACGGCAUUCGGAAGAAGGGGAAGAGGGAGCCGAGGUCACUGCUGGAGAAACUUCGUUGGGUGACUUUGGGUUACCACUACAACUGGGACACUAAGACGUACUCUGCAGACCACUACAGUCCCUUCCCUGUGGACCUCCACUCUCUCUCCCAGAAAGUGGCUGCAGCCUGUGGCUUCCCUGGCUUUAAAGCAGAGGCAGGCAUUCUCAACUACUACCGUUCUGACUCCUCUCUCGGAAUCCAUGUUGAUGAGUCUGAACUCGAUCAUACGUGGCCCCUUCUGUCAUUUAGCUUUGGGCAGACAGCAGUCUUUCUCCUGGGCGGUACUAAACGACAGGACCCUCCCACAGCCAUGUUUAUGCGUAGUGGUGACAUCAUGGUGAUGUCAGGCUCCAGUCGGCUGCUGUACCAUGCUGUGCCCUGCAUCAUACCGGCCCCUGCUUCCGACCCCCUGCCACCCUGCCUGGGUCAGCACCUGGGGAAGGAGGCGGGCAGUGAUGGCCUCAUCAAGGAUGUGUCUGAAGUAGAGUGGGAGGUGUGCUCCAAGUAUCUCCUGACAUCACGGGUCAAUAUGACUGUCAGACAGGUUCUGGGACUGGGUCAGACUUUCCCCACAGCGCUGCCCCGUCUUGGAGCUGUAGCUGAAUCCAGUGGCUAUCAUGAGGAGUCAGGACAAAAUGCAAAGAAGAGGAAGAGUGAGUCAGGCUAUGAGGAGGACUCCUGACAUUCAUCUCCGAUCCACUUUUGGACUUUCAUCAAGCUCAGAGCAAGCAGAACCAGCGUUCUCCAGCAGACAUUUUAACAUUGGCUUUGCAGCUGGAUUUGCUGUGAGAAUUGGCAGAAGAAAUGAACCUGUGUGAAUGAGGAAUGUUCUAGAACAUGAUGAGGACAUUCUAGACCUGAAAGAAUGGGGAUGAACAGUCUAGAACAGCAAGAAUGGGGUGACCCUUCUCGAACAUCAUGAAUAGGGAAGAACAUGCUAGAACAAUGUGAAUGGGGAAGAUAUUCUAGAAUGAUAGACAACAUUGUAGAAUAGUGUACAACAGAAUGAAUGGGGCGAACAUUUUGGAACAGUGUAAUGGAAGUAAAAUGUUAUAGAGAAAAGAUUCUAGAACAGCAUAAAAGUAGAGAUCAUUCUAGAACAAGAAGGAGAACAUUCUAGAACAGUGUAAAAGGGGAGAACAUUCUAGAACACCAUGAACAGGGAAUAUCCUCAAACAAUGUGAAUGGGGGAAGAUAUUCUAGAAUAGAAGACCGUACUAGAACUUGAAGAGGGAGAACAUUUUAGAACAGUGUAAAGGAAAACAUUCUAAAAUGGUGUGAGCUAGAGAGUAGAUUCUAGAACAUCCUAGAACCGUGUAAAUCAGGGAAGAUAUUCUAGAAUGGGAGAGAACACUGUAGAAUAGUGUACAACAGAAUGAAUAGGGAGAACAUUCUGGAGCAGUGUAAAGGAAGUAAAACGUUCUAAAAUGAUAUGAGCUUGAGGGAAAAUUCUAGAACAGCGUAAAAGUGGAGAACCUUCUAGAACCGAGGGGGGAGAUCAUUCUAGAACAACAUGAACAGGGGGAACAUCCUAGAACAGCUUAAAUAGGCGAGAUUAUUGCAGAGAAGCCCAGCAAACACAUGCAGGUAGGGCACAUUCUGGGUUCGCUGGAGAACGUUGGGUCUGUUGCUCUGAAGGCGACGUGAGUUCUUUAAGUUACAGUAAUUUAUUAGAACAGAAUUCAUGAUUAAAGCUGUACAUAUGUGAAUAAAACAUCUUUUGGAACCUU